AUGUCAGACCAACAUAAGGGUUUGAUAGAGGCUGUUAAAGAGUUGCUGCCAUAUGUAGAGCAUAUGCAGUGUGCUAGACAUAUUUGCCAGAAUUUGCAGAAGAGAUUUACUGUUGAAAAUGAGUUCUCAAAAAGUUUUAAUGCUGUAAUAGUAGAUGCUAGGAAGAAACCCAUAAUAACCAUGUUAGAGGAGAUAAGAUUAUACAUGAUGGACAUAGUCUACAACAUGAAAUUAAAGGGACAACAAUGGGGAAAUCAUAUUUGUCCAGAGAUAAGGGAUAAGGUGAAUUUGCUUAAAAAAGCUCAAAGGCAUUAUCAGGUACUACCAAGUGGAUUAAACCAGUUUGAGGGAAGGGGAGCAAUAGAUGCAUAUGAGGUGGACUUAGAAAGAAAAACAUGCUCAUGUAGGUUGUGGCAAUUAAAUGGAUAUGGAUGUGCUCAUUAUGUAGCUAGCAUAUCCUUUCUUAAUAGAGAUGUAGAAGCCUAUGUAGACAACAUGUUUAGCACAACCACAUUUAGAAAGGCAUAUAAUUACAGAAUUGCUCCCAUGAAUAGCAGUGACAUGUGGCCAGAGACAAACUAUACUCCACCAUUGCCUCCUAUUAAUAGAAGGACGCCUGGUAGGCCAACUACUAAGAGGAAGAAAUCCACUACAGAGAAUAUAGGAACACACAGGGUUUCUAAGGCUGGAAAGAAAAUCAGAUGUAGUAUUUGCAAGGAGAUAGGUCACAACAAGGCCACUUGUCCACAGAGAAGGCCCCAAAAGUUAAAUGUGAAGAAACAGAAGAAACAAAAGGUAGUACAAGUGAACCAUAACAACAUGAAGAGAAGUUAUGAAGGUGAUGAGGGUGUUAUGGGUGAGGAAGCUGAUGUGGUUGAGGAAGCUGUUGUAGUUGAGCAAGUUGUUCAAGAUGAGGAGGCUGAGGAGGUUGAUGAGGUUAAUCAUAAUGCCCAAGUGGAUAAUGGUAAUGUUCAGGAGGUUGCUCCUGUUAACCAAGUUCAGCAGGUUUGUGUUAGGCCAAUUUCAGAUAUUUUGAAGAGGAUAAGGAGAAGAAAGUCAGAGAGAAUACUAAAGCUGAAAUUAGGCAAAACAAUUGGUGGUGUUGAUGAUCCAAGAAAUUCGAAGGGAAAAGCUCUUGUAAUUGAUUAG